AUGUUCCCUGCUUUCCUAAGGGCCCUGCCCUUCCCUGCAACCUUCUCCAGGGCCCGCCUGCUGAUUCUUGGAUUUGUGAUAUUCGGGCUAAUUUACCUUUAUCCUCGUUCUCCCGAUGUGCACAGUCUUUGGGCCCGGCCACCUCCGUAUCACCCCAUCGAUACCUUGAUCGACUUUGCCCAGGACGAAUGGGACACUCUUCUCACCAAUGAGGCUCAUGAUGUUGCCUCCGCCGCGACACGAUAUCGCACCCGCCGAGGUCGCCACCCACCGCCCGGAUUCGCAGAAUGGUUCGAGUUCGCCAAAUCCAAAAACGCCCUGCUUAUCGAGAACUUGUUCGAUCAAAUAUACCAUGACCUCUCCCCGUACUGGGGCAUCGAGCCCCGUGAACUGCGCCGACAAGCUCAGAGCUUCGUGGACCGAAUCAUUGUGCGCAACCACACUACGAGCCGAACCGAUGGGGAUCCUCCGUGGAUAGGCGAAUGGCAGGAGUUGGUGUCGUCCAUCCAAGAGUUCCUUCCCGAUCUUGACAUGCCGAUCAACAUGAUGGAUGAGUCGCGCCUCGUGGUGCCCUGGGAACAAAUCAACCAAUACAUACAAAAAGAACAGAGCAGCCGACACCUCUUGGAAGCGCCGCAGGUUGUUUCCGAGUACGUGACACUCUCGCCGACAGAUCUGCAACAGGCCCCACCCUUCGACCCGGGCUUCAUCCACGGCAACUACUGGGAGCUCGCCCGAGUCGGUUGUUCCCCAGGCAGUCCGUCUCGGCAAAGCAAUAUGCCCGAAAUGAAUUUCACCAAUCCGCCUCCCGAGCUCAAUAACUUCAAGCACAUGUCCUAUCAAGGCUAUGUCCAGAAUUUUACAUUAAACAAAGACAUUUGUAUCCGUCCUGAACUUCAGGCUCUACACGGAACCUUUAUUGAGCCGGUCUCUAUCUCGACCUCCCACAAUCUUUUCCCACUCUUCGGUGGAUCCAAGAUAUCCGUCAAUAAUGAAAUCCUCAUUCCUCCGGCCAUGUAUUGGGCCGAUGAUGAGCGCUACUCCGGAGGCGACGCCGAACACGGCGGCCCGUGGGAACAGAAACACAACCAGCUGAUCUGGCGCGGUGCAGCCACCGGCGGCCGCGCCAAAGCCCACACCUGGAAAGGGUUCCAACGACACCGGUUCCUGUCCAUGGUGAACGCAACGGCGGUGCAAGGCGCCGAAGACAACGGUGGGCCCGCGAUCAACUUCCAGCUCCCGAACCAGACCGAGUAUGGUCUCAACAGCACCCAGACCUUCCUCUCGCAGUUCGUCGGCCAAUAUGCCGAUGUCGGGUUCGGACACCUAGUCUGCGACCCGUACGUCUUCGAGAACCCAUACUGCCCGUACCUGGACCCAUACUUUAAUGUCACACCGGGCAUGCCGAUGAAAGAAAUGUACGGUUACAAGUACCUGCCCGACCUGGAUGGCAACUCGUUCAGUGGUCGCUACCGCGGGUUCCUGCGCUCGACCUCGCUGCCCAUCAAGGCCACCAUCUACAACGAGUGGCAUGACUCGCGUCUGAUCCCGUGGGUGCAUUUCGUCCCCAUGGACACCACGUACAUGGAUAUCUAUGGGAUCAUGGCCUAUUUUCUGCAGGGUCGCGAUGCCAAGGCCCGCAAGAUUGCUCUGGACGGUAAGAACUGGGCGGAGAAGGUCUUGCGCAAAGAAGAUAUGCAGGUUUAUGUGUAUCGCUUGCUUUUGGAGUAUGCUCGUAUCUGCGAUGACCGCAGAGAAACCCUCGGGUAUGCCGAUGGUUUUUGA